AUAAUUUCUGAGGUUGGAAUAAACGUCAACGUAAUCAACUGUUCAAAGCAAUGACAAGUCAACGUCAUCUUGCCUUAUUUUUGGGUGUUAAUAACUAAUGUUUUGAUUAAAAACCCAAUUUUUGAUUACAAUAAUUUGUUCUUGUUUUGAAUUUUCAAAAUGGUGCUCAUAGCAGCUGCUGUUUGCACCAAAGCUGGUAAAACAAUUGUGUCAAGACAAUUCGUAGAAAUGUCUAAAGCUAGGAUCGAAGGCCUACUUGCUGCUUUUCCAAAGCUAAUACCAGUUGGAACACAACAUACUUUUGUGGAAACUGAUUCUGUUCGUUAUGUGUAUCAACCCUUAGAACGUCUUUAUAUGGUACUUAUUACUACAAGAGCCAGUAAUAUAUUGGAAGAUCUAGAAACAUUGAGGCUCUUUGCUAGAGUGAUUCCCGAAUAUUGUCGAUCAUUGGAAGAGAGUGAAAUCGUUGAAAAUGCCUUUUCCUUAAUAUUUGCAUUCGAUGAAAUAGUAGCUCUUGGAUAUAGGGAAAGUAUAAAUUUGUCUCAGAUCCGCACAUUUGUUGAAAUGGAUUCUCACGAAGAGAAAGUUUAUCAAGCAGUUCGCCAGACUCAAGAAAGAGAAGCGAAGAAUAAGAUGUGGGAAAAGGCUAAGGAGCUGCAGAGACAAAAGAUUGAAGCCAAAAAAUUAGGCAAACCUUCAUUUGGUAGUAGUGGUGGAUUUGGUAGCACUACAGGUUAUACGCCAACGCCAUCUGUAGGAGAUGUUGCAAAUGUAUCAAACGACAUUAAAACUUCUACUUAUACUGCUGCACAGAAACCUGCCAGCAAAGGCAUGAAGUUAGGGGGCAAAGGAAAAGAUGUAGAAUCUUUCGUGGAUCAACUCAAAUCUGAAGGAGAAAAAGUAAUUGCUCCAACAUCUAACAGUAUUUCUCAGAUUGGACAUAAAAUAUCUGCUAAUCACAAAACGGAUAUUGAUGAUGUGCAUUUGAGGUUGGAAGAGAAAUUGUCCCUCAUCAUUGGAAGAAAUGGUGGUAUACAGCAAUUCGAAUUGUCUGGGUUGAUAACAUUGCACAUUGGAGAUGAAAAAUGGGGUAAAAUUCGUGUGCAGUUAGAGAAUGAAGAUACUAGAGGAGUACAGCUACAAACGCAUCCAAAUGUAGAUAAGGAAUUAUUCAAAAUGCGGGCUCAGAUCGGAUUGAAACAACCUACUAAACCUUUUCCUCUGAAAACUGACGUAGGAGUUUUGAAAUGGAGACUUCACAGUACAGAUGAAAGUUUUGUGCCACUUCAAAUAAAUUGUUGGCCUUCUGAAGCUGGCGAUGGUAGCUGUGACGUUAAUAUUGAAUACGAACUGGUCCAUACAGAUCUUGAACUUACUGAUGUGAAUAUAAUCAUUCCUUUACCGAUCGGUUGUAGUCCUGUUGUUGGAGAAUGUGAUGGUACCUAUACACAUGAAUCUAAGAAGAACCAUCUUGUCUGGAACUUGCCAAUCAUUGAUGACACUAAUAAGAAUGGAUCGUUGGAAUUUAAUGCACCUAGAGCGAUUCCAAAUGAUUUCUUUCCAGUAAUCGUUACUUUCAGUUCCAAUACUCCUUUCGCCAAAAUAAAGAUUGUUGAUGUUCUAUUAGUCGAUGAUGAUUCUCCCGUGAAGCAUUCAUGUGAAACGAUUUUUUAUCCAGAAAAAUAUGAGAUUGUUUGAAAUAAUUAUGAUAUAGAGAAAAACUUUCAUAAAGAAUAUUUGUAAAAAUAUGUACUAAUACUUUCAUUCGUAAUAAAAAACUAUUUACUUUUUUACGAAGUUGAAACUUUGAUUUGGUUCAGUUCAUCUGUUAUAUGUAUGAUUAUUAUCUUGCAAUAAAGAUGUCAUUUAAAUUGGA